AUGUUGCCCUCGGGAUCUGAUUCCUAAUAGAGAAGUCUUGAAAACCCUGACAAAUAGACCAUGAGAGUGGAUUCUACAAAGAGAAAUGACAAGAUGAUAGAGGUUCCUCGAAAGAAGCUGAAUAUGAGAUUGUAUACUUAAUCCGAACAAAAGUUUCAAGAUAUUGUGAAUUCGAAGCUUGUUACUAUUAGUAUUAUAGCAUUGGUGGGAGCUUAUGCAAUAUUGAUAUUUAUCAUUGUGGCCCUUGAAGAAUUGCUAGAUGAAACUUAAUUCAAUAAUGUCUCGUCAAUUCUGAGUUGGAUUGAACUUGGAAUACUGAUAGUAUUCAUUAUAGAAAUAUUUGUUGGAUUGUAUGCUUGGGGCAUCAAGAAAUAUUAUAAAGACAAAUGGUUGAUUUUAGACACUCUAAUUAUCUUACUGUCACUCUUUUUUGUGAUAUUUGAAUUGGCUGAUCAAAAAACAUCCAAUGUAAUCAAAGUAAUCUAGGCAGUCUUUCGAUUCUUGAGAAUCUUUCUCUUAAUUAGAAAGGCCCAGACAUUUAGGAGAUUGGCAACGAUUUCCACUAUUUCCACACCAGCCGAAAAAAUAGUAAGGUUCCUGGCUGAGUUGAAGGAAGUGUUGGAAGAUGAAAAUAUGAAGUUAGAUAUUGAUUAUUGUAUUGACAAGAUAGGAAAUAAUCAGUUGUAUUAAAUGGGCAAAUUGGAUGAAGACAAUGCUGAAGCUAUGGCUUGGUUAAAUCAAAGUUAAUAAGGCAGAACUGAAGUCAAGCGAAUAUUAACUAAUGAUUAAUAAUAACAAUAACAAAAGAAAGUAAUUGCUAAUUUUUAAAAACUGAAUAUUCCAAAAAGAUUACUGGAUAUAUUAUAUAAAUAACAUGAUGAUCUAUAUAUUGAUCCAUUUGAGUGUGACAAACUAUCUGGAGGCGAAGGAUUGGUGAAUUUGAUGUUGUUUUUCUUUGAAAAUUAUAAUCUGUUUGAUGUGUUCCUAAUCAAACCUAAAGUGGUAAGAGGAUACUUUGAAGAAGUAAUGAAAGGAUACCUUGAUAAUCCAUAUCACAAUAAGGUCCAUGCUUAAGAUGUUGCUUAAACUUGCAAUUUCUUAUUAAGCAAAUGCAAAUUCAUAGAAAUAGGUUAAUUAGAUGAAUAAGACAUUGCCUGUGUGUUGAUUGCUGGAGCUAUUCAUGAUUAUGGACACCCAGGACUUACUAAUGCAUUCCUAAUCAAUAGUAGAAAUGAGUUGGCUCUAACAUACAAUGAUCAGAGUGUUUUAGAAAUGUAUCAUCCCUCCUAAUGCUUUAAAAUUGCCUGGGGAAAUCAAAAAGUCAAUAUUUUUGAAAAUCUAUAAUUUCAUAAAUACAGACGCAUCAGAGAAUCAAUUAUCUUAAUGGUUCUUUCUACAGAUAUGGCUCAUCAUGCUUCAGAACUUGCCAUCACCAAUAGUAGAGUUGCUGCUCCCGAUUUUGAACCCAAUGGCAAAGAUAAACAAAGAUUGAUGGACUUGAUUGUACAUUCCUCAGAUGUAUCCAAUCCUACCAAAAGCUUUGAAAUCUAUAAAUAAUGGACAGAAAAAGUCUUAUCUGAAUUUUGGCUGUAGGGAGACAAAGAGAGAGACCUUGGCUUACCUAUCUCAUAUCUAUGUAAUCGAUAUACAACCAACACAGCAGAAGCAUAAGUGGGAUUUAUUGAUUAUGUUGUGAAACCUACAUUUGCAUGUGUCUUAGGAUUCCUUCCAGCUUAUGAACCUUUCUUUUAAAACUUGGAUAAAAAUAAAGCUAAGUGGCAAGAACUUAUCGAAUUUUAUAAACAAUAGUUAGCUUCCAUUCAACCUAAAUGA